AUGAAGAUCUCAUCCAAAUCCAUCUUGAGCCCAGGUCGAGCUGGGGUAGCUCGAGACCCACCAAACUCCCUCUCAACCUCGCUCAGUCGCAGGCUCAGAAACAGUGGCAGCAUCAAGGGCGGCGCGUCGCCGGCGAUGUUCCCCACCACCGCCAAAAAGAGAGGCAGUUUCGAGAACCCGGAACCCUCGUCACCUAAAGUCACCUGCAUUGGUCAAGUUAGGGUGAAGAGCAAGAAAAAACAAGCGAAAAAACUCAGAACAUUAUCAAGAAGACACAGCGCCGGCGAGGUUAGUUUCAGAAACUUAGAACACCCCCACAACGGGUUUGCUUCAAAAACUCAAAAUCUCAAUGGAAGUUUAAAUCUUGGCUCAAAUGCUACUCAUCAAAAUCAAAAUCAAGAAUAUUCGCCGCCGCAGAGGAGUUGGGUUCAUUUUCCGGUGACAAUUUGUGAUGCUUUAAGAGCACUUGGAUCGGAGUUCAGCUGCUUAUUUCCUUGCCGGAAAGACGAGAAGACGGUGUCGACACAAGAGGGUAACCGUCAAGGUUGUGCAGUGUUUGCACGGUGGCUGGUAGCGGUGCAGGACGGAGAUGGAGGUGGUCAGAGAGACAUCGAACUGGUUGUCGGAGAAGAAGAACAGGAAGAAGAAGAAGAAGAAAUUGUUGUUAAGAAAUCAAGACGACAUGUGUUUGAAGAUCUAGAGAUUAUAAACGACAGGAUCGAAGGCCAUAAAGACGAAGCAAGAGUAAGCAUUUGCGUUCCACCAAAAAAUGCUUUGUUGUUGAUGAGAUGCAGAUCUGACCCCAUGAAACUCGAAGCUCUCACACAUCGAUCUUGGGAACCAACUGUUGCUAAAAAUGAAGAAGACGACGAAGAACUUGUUGACCAUGAACAUCAAAUCGAACAAGAUUUAAAGGAUAUUCAGCAAGUCAUGAGUGUGGAUCAAGAACAAGAAACUGUACAACUUGAUGAAGCUAUUCAAGAUGAAGAACAAGAAAAUGUACAACAACAUGAACCCAUUCAAGAUCAAGAACGUGACAUUGUACAACAAGUUGAAGCUAUUCAAGAUUAUGAAAUUGUACAACAAGAUGAAGCUAAUCAAGAUCAAGAGCAUGAAAAUGUACAACAAACUGGAGUGGGUCAAGAUCAAGAAGAAGAAAGUAUGUUUCUUGAAUUUUUGUUUGAAGAAAAUGUGAAUCAAGAUUUUGAGAUUCAAGAACAUGAAGUUGAUUCUGGUAUGGCGAAAGCUCAAGAAGUGGUUUCAACCAUGGUUAUGACUGAAGUUCCAGAGAUCUCUGCAAACCAUGAGGAAGAAAUGGUCAGCAAUGAAGUUUUAGAGAGAGAAAGUGAGGUUUCAAAGGAGACAUGGGUUUGCAGUACAGAUUUCAUCAGACGAAAAUCCAAUAAAAGAAAACCUCCACCGCCGCCGCCGCCGGUGGUCAAAAAGGAUGGCGAAGAUGAAUCGAGGGUUUGUUCUGCUGCUAAUGCUAUUGCCAUCAUAAACAAUGUGAUGAGGGUGGCCGAAGGAGGACGCCAAUCGUCGUUACAGCAGCCGGCACGGUCAUCUUGUUCAUUACCGGCACCGCCGUCGAUGGCGACGAUGUUAGAGCAGAAACUGGCGGAUGCGAUGGGAUACGAGCCGUUUGUGCUGACAAGGUGCAAGUCGGAGCCGAUGAAAACGGCGGCGGCUAAGCUACUACCGGAGAGUUGCGUUUGGGAAAACAGGAAGUUGGAGCGGCUGAGCCGGGGUACAUUUGGUGUCGGCGCAGCUGGAUUAGGGUUUUGA